GACGUCAUAGUCGUCAAACGUUUCCGAAAAUAUCUAAACAUGUAGGACAAUGCGACAGUAUUUUUACGGACUGGGAAUAAAAAAUGGAUCUUGUGGAUUACGAUUUCAUUACAGAGUUAAAUGAACUAAGGCGGAACAAAGUCUUUUGUGAUGCAGUUAUAACUAUUCCAGAAGAAAUAAAUGUCCGAUUUCCAAUUCACCGAGUCGUUCUAGCAAGUUGCAGUCAAUAUUUCCGUUCGCUGUUCAAAUACGGCAAUGAUGAAACGAACAAGGAAAUUAGUAUUUCCGGCGUGUCCUCUAAAACGAUGAAACAAAUAAUAGAAUAUGGAUAUUUACGGACAGCUGACAUAAAUGAGGACAAUUUUGAAGACUUAUUUGCCGCCGCCGACAGAUUCCAUAUAUUUGGACUUUUGAAAGAAUGUACCGAGUUCUUGCUUCAACAAUUAUGUGUAGAAAACUGUUUAGGAAUUCUAAAAUUUGCCCGAUUUUACAGUUGUGAAAUUCUGAAAACGAAAGCUUUGAAAUUUGUAUUGUCUUAUUUAGGUGAGAUUGUAAAAAAUAGCCAAGAAUUCGUUGUCAUGGACAUAACUGAAUUAAAGGAAAUACUGGAGGACGAUGAACUAUUAGUUAAAAAUGAAAGCGAAGUAUAUUUGGCCAUUCAGAGAUGGGUCGACUUUAGUUACGUGUCGAGGAGGAACCAAUAUGAAACUUUAUUUCAAGCAGUCCGAUUAGCAUUUUGCAAACGUGAAUUCAUUACAAAUGUUAUUGAAAAGAAUAAAACUAUUAGGAAAUCGAAAAAAUCUAUGACAGCUAUUGAAAAGGCUAAACAGUUUUUGGACUUACGAGAUACAACAAAAACUAUUAUGGUUUCGUUAGAUGACCCACUAUUACGACCAAGAGUACCGUCAAGUGUUAUAUUUACCAUUGGUGGUUGGUCAAGCGAGGGAGUAGUUAACACGGUGGAAACGUAUGACAAAAACGUUGAUCACUGGUACUCUAUAGUUCCACCAAUGAAUUCCAAGCGUUCGUACCAUGGAACUGUUAACUUGAAUAAUUUGAUAUAUGUGAUUGGAGGAUUUGACAGCCUUCGAUACUUGAACAGUGUUGUGUGCUUUGAUCCAGAUAAAAGAUCUUGGAUAGAGAAAGGUCCUAUGCAUUUAGCACGAUGUUAUGUAAGCACAUGCGCAGUAGAUAACUUUAUAUACGCGUGUGGUGGAUUCGACGGACGUCAGCGACACAAUUCUGUUGAAAGAUAUGAUUAUAAACGUAAUCAAUGGUCACUGGUACAACCAAUGUGGCACAAUCGAAGUGACGCUGGCACAGCUUGUUACGAAGGUAAACUUUACGUCGUUGGCGGCUUCGAUGGUCUAACUUGUCUUGAUUCAACAGAAGUCUACAACCCAUUAACUGACCAGUGGACAUUGUUAGAAAAGAUGAACAUCCCACGCAGUGGAGUGGCCUUAAUUGCAUUCAAUCACUUUCUGAUAGCCUUAGGUGGAUACGAUGGUGGCUCGAGGUUAGCGACAGCGGAACAGUAUGAUUUUCGGCGAAAGGCUUGGGGGAAUUUCGAAAAUAUGCACGUGGGAAGAAGUAAUUUCGCAGCUGCUGUUCUAGACGGUCAGAUUUAUGUGAUUGGUGGAUAUGAUGGUUCUACCACGUCUGAUGCUGUUGAAGUAUAUGACCCUAAUGACAACAUGUGGAGAAGAGUCCAUUGGCUUAUUGCUGGAAGAAGCGCAGUCAGUGCAUGUGUUUUGCUCAAUGAAGGAACACUAAGAGACUAUACGUUUUAUGGAGCACACAGUCGAUCAAGCCAAGACGACAGCUGAGAUCAGGUGUAUAACCGAGACUGAAGUAUGGUAUGGUGCUUUAUUUAAACAGAGAACAAGACCAGAGAUGUUACUGAUCAUAAAGUGUACACGUACACUAGGCUGUCGUCAAGUUUUAAAAGUAUUACAAAAUCGAUUAAAUAGAUAUAUUGAAAUUAAAUAAAGGCUUUUUAAAACUCUGUAAAACCUUAUCAAUGUAUGCAACUUGUUGAUACUUGUGUGA